AUGAAUUCGCCCCAGGAAGAGGAGCUUUUGGAGCUAAUAGAGAAAUACAAUGAGGAUAAAUAUUGUACGAACAUGAACUGGACUAUAUUUCUCGGUGAUCACGAGAAUGAAAAAGAAGCGAAUGAAAAGUUUAAGAGCAUUUUGGAAGAUUGCCAAAGAUCCAAAUCUGCAUUCAUCGAUAAAGAGUUUCCACAUGAGCCCAAGUCUUAUAUGACCUUUGACGAGCAAUCGAAGGUAUAUGGGAAGUACGAGAGUUGGAAAACUUGGUUGUUCCCGAAAAUCUGGCGUCGAAUAACACCACCUUCCACCGACGUGUCAUCCAGUUUGUCAGUUUAUAAUCCAUUGACUUUCACCGCGUACGAGGUGUUUCAAAGAAAAGUUGGAGAUUGUGGUCUUGUUGCUGCUUUGUCUGCAAUUUCCACAAAGCCUGAAGUUAUCAUGAACAUUUUUGAUUCACUGCAACUAUCGAAAUACGGUGUGUAUAAAGUAAAACUGUUUGUGGAUGGUCAAUGGAAAACUAUCAUCAUUGACGAUUAUUUUCCGUAUACAACAGAUGGAAUCAGAAUUGGCGCUACUUCUGGGUAUCAGAUAUGGGCAGCGCUUAUUGAAAAAGCUCUUGUUAAGGAAUGUGGUAAUUAUAAAGGAAUUCAUGGAUUUCAAAGUUUGUCUGCAUUUUCUGCUCUUACUGGAUCACCUGUGUUGCUCAUUCCAGUUGCCAAAAUGUUCAAUAAUCUUAGAAAAUACUGGAAGACACUGAUGGAGUUCAGAAAUAAUCAAUAUCCGAUGGCAUGUGGCACCUUGAACCGAGAAGUCAACGGAAUACUUCCACAACAUGCCUAUACUAUUAUGGAUAUUGUUGAAAGAGAUGGGCACAAACUUCUUCUUCUCAGAAAUCCAAGUGGAGGCAGCGUUUGGACUCGAAAUUGGUCAAAGGAAUGGGAAUGGUGGCCCGAGAAUAUGAAAGAUCUCUUGGAAGGAAUGAUUCGAGGAUCUUUCUGGAUUUCGUGGGAUGAUUUUUUAAAUGUUUUUUGUUCCAUUUAUGUUUGUCGUCAUCGUUCAAAUUGGUUUGCUUAUUAUGCCAAACUGGUUCUUAAAUAUCCAGAAGAUGACGCAUUUCCGGCUAUCGAUAUCAAAGUCACUGAAAAGUGCAUGGUCUGUAUUUCGGCGGUUGACGACUGGAUUUCUCGUGAGGUACUCUUAAAAACUGUCGAAUUUCAAAUGCCAAAAUAUGUUCAGAGGUAUAGCUGGAUUGCAGUACACAAGAUCAACGGCAUAUUUUCUGAUAAUAAAAAAGUAGUUGCAUGUGAGAUCAUCAACGAUUCUACUCAGGAUAUCGAUUUAGAACCUGGUAUAUACACUAUCACAGUCAUUUAUCUCAAUGACUGGAGCUUGGACAAACGAGACAUCUCAAUUCACUCUUCCCGACCAAUUUCGGUCAAUGAAGGGUUUUCGAGAACAAGGAAAGAUAGCGUACAUAUAAAAUAUAUAGUGGAUAAGUUUGGGCAAGAAAUUGUGAAAGAGCAGAAGGAUAAAAUGAGCAUUAAGAAGUACACUGAUAAUAAUUUCACAUUCAUCGCAGUAGUUGCAUGGAACUUCACAUAUGAUCAGUUUCUACAUGCUCAUUUGCGUUACUCAAUCACUGAUGAACAAUUUGUCUCUAGAAGUUUAGAAGACAAGCAAACAGUUGAUGUAAUUCCUCCAAGAAGGCACCAGGUUUUGGUUGUGAUAAAUCUUGAAGCAAUGCCUGAAAUAGUGGAUUUCCCAAUUGACAUUGAUUAUAAACUUUCAAAAGAUGUUGAUGCAACAAUCAAUGGAAUCAAAAGAGGAUGCCACCUUCCAGAAAUAUCUUCAUCUCGUUUCUUAGAAUAUGUUCAUCGUGAGGAGAUAAUUUCAUUGGAUGAUUUCAUACCGGAAAUUGAAGUACUGUCGAAAUUGAACUGAUAAACUUACGCAUUGUAUGUCGAAUUUGUAUCCCACUGUCAAAUGAAGUCCAAUUGAAGUCC